AUGAAGAACACCAUUAGAUGCUGCAUAUCUUGCAUUCUACCCUGUGGCGUCCUUGACGUGAUUCGAAUAGUCCACGCUAAUGGUCAACUUGAAGAGAUAAGUGGCAGCAAUAUUAAAGCAGAAGAGAUCAUGAAAUUACAUCCAAAUCAUGUACUGAGGAAACCCUCAUCGCCCACCGCUGAAGGGAUUUGCCCAAAGAUUGUUGCAGUUCCUCCUGAUGCAGAACUUCGAAGAGGGAAGAUUUACUUCCUGAUGCCAGUGCCUGAAAAAACUCGAACAAGAUCAUCAACAAAGAGGAAAAAGAAAGAGUCCCAAGUCACCAUUGAGAAGAACAACAACGUUGUUGUCAUGUCGGAUAAAUGCUCGAGUGAUAUUCUUAAAGAGAAGGUAUCAUCAACACAAAGGGAUCGAAGAAGAGGGCGUGUUGGCAUAUGGAGACCUCACUUAGAGAGCAUUUCCGAGGCACCAAUGGAAGCUUAA